AGUGUAAAAAAAAGAAGAGAGAGAAAGAGAGAGUAUAGAGUGAGAAAGUAAGAGUGAAGCCUGUAUAAGAAAUAGGCUUUCCUUUUGUGCGUUAUUUGGGUUAUGUGUCCUCCAUCAUCAUAGAGACAUGGGCUGGUUCCCCUGCUCAGGAGGAAGAUCCAAGAAGAAUCCUCUUAAGAAGCAGCUCACUGAUCAGAACCCAUCAGCCGCAACAGAAAAGCAUAAAUUGAACAAUUCUUUUGAUAAGAAGAAGGAGGUAUCCAAAGAUGGAUCAACACAUAUUGCUGCACAGACAUUCACUUUCCGCGAAUUGGCAAAUGCUACCAAGAACUUCAGAGUUGAGUGUCUCUUGGGUGAAGGAGGCUUUGGCAGGGUUUAUAAGGGCAGGCUGGAGAGUACCAACCAGGUUGUGGCUAUCAAGCAACUUGACCGUAAUGGGCUGCAAGGAAACCGAGAAUUUCUCGUUGAAGUAUUGAUGUUAAGCCUUCUUCAUCACGAGAACCUUGUUAAUCUCAUUGGGUAUUGUGCGGAUGGAGAUCAGAGGCUUCUAGUUUACGAGUACAUGCCAUUAGGAUCGCUGGAAGAUCAUCUACAUGAUCUCCCAUCAGAUAAGAAACAGUUGGACUGGAAUACAAGGAUGAAAAUAGCAGCUGGGGCUGCUAAAGGGUUAGAGUAUCUGCACGAUAAAGCAAACCCUCCUGUUAUAUACCGGGAUUUGAAAUGCUCAAACAUUUUACUUGGAGAAGGAUAUCAUCCGAAACUAUCAGAUUUUGGUUUGGCGAAACUCGGGCCUGUUGGGGAUAAGACCCAUGUUUCCACUAGGGUGAUGGGCACAUAUGGGUAUUGUGCACCAGAGUAUGCGAUGACGGGCCAGCUUACCCUGAAAUCUGAUGUAUAUAGCUUUGGCGUGGUACUUUUGGAACUUAUCACUGGUAGGAAGGCCAUCGAUAACUCUAGAGCUGCUGGGGAGCACAAUCUUGUUGCCUGGGCACGACCACUGUUCAAGGAUAGGAGGAAAUUCUCACAAAUGGCAGACCCCACGCUUCAAGGUCAGUUCCCCAUGAGAGGCUUGUAUCAAGCACUAGCUGUUGCUGCAAUGUGUGUGCAAGAGCAGCCUACCAUGCGUCCCCUCAUAGCCGAUGUGGUUACCGCCCUUACCUAUUUGGCAUCCCAAACUUACGACCCUGAAGCCCACCCUGUUCAAAGCUCGAGUCGCCUUGCCCCUGCAACCCCACCUAGAGCAAGGAGGGACACAAUGGAAAAGAAACCAAACGGGGUAGAGAGAGAGAAAGCCAAAGGAGGAACCAGAAACCCAGGUCAAGCAUCUGAUCCUUGAGAGAGAAAAUCAGGGUUGGGUUAGUUCCUUGCUGUCUUUACACGCUUCCCUCAACCUUUCAUGGCUUGGAAGAAAUUUGGGCGAACUUCCAAGACAUGUGCUUCUCGGAUUAAGUGAACCUUUCAGGAGGAAGAUUGAUAUUGAAGACUUGGAUACUUUUUGGCUAUGACGCCCCCAGUUUUUGGUUGUGCAUUGGUUCCUAGUGGUCAAGUUUUGCAGCACAAACAGAUGAUGACAGGUUCGCCCCAUCUUUGGCAUUUCAUGCUUUCGUGGGUCAUUUAGCUCUUUCUUUUGGCAUGUAUAUGUGAGUGUUCUUUGGCCCUUGUAUUAUGAGUCUAUUUUUCUCUUUGUUGUCCAGUUACACAGACAUCAGGUUCCCAUGUUAAUGCCAAUCUGUUUUAGAUGCAGCUACUUUUUUCCUUUGCUUAUGCAUAGCAGGCUUGAUAUUCCCUCAUUUAUUGUUUGAAAUAAUAUUGGCGAGAGUGAUAUUGGUUAUC